AUUCAUCUACAUAUUCCACCAUACAUAUUAUAACCACAAUAUAAUAUAUUACAUAAAAUAAAAUGAACGUCCUCCUCCUAGGCGGCCACGGCAAGAUCGCCCUCCGCCUCAUCCCCCUCCUCCUCGCCCGCUCCUGGUCCGUCACGGCAGUCAUCCGCAACCCAGAGCACAAGCCGGAUAUCCUCUCCCUGGCCAACAACCACCCAGGAAAGCUGUCCGUCCUGCUCUCCAGUCUGGACGAAGUUCGCUCCGACGCCGACGCCAAGCGUAUCCUCGACGCCGCUAACCCGGAUUAUGUUGUUUGGGCUGCUGGCGCAGGAGGCAAAGGCGGCCCAGCCCGCACCCAAGCCAUCGACAGCGACGCCGCAAAACACAUCCUAGCCGCCUCCUUUGCCUCGGCCCGGGUGUCCAAGAUCCUCCUCAUCUCCUGGAUCGGCAGCCGACGCGCCCAGCCAUCGUGGAUGUCCGACGCCGACUGGGCGCGCAUCCAGGACGUCUUCCACCGCGUGCUGCCUGCCUACGCGCAGGCGAAGCUCGAAGCCGACGAGUACAUGACUGCGCUGGCGGCGCGACGCGCGAAGGAUGUUGCUGCUGGGAAGGCUAAGCCGCUGCAGGCGAUUAAUUUGAGGCCGGGGACGUUGACGGAUGAGGAGGCGACGCGGAAGGUGGAUUUGGGGAGGACGAGCAGGGGGUAUGGGACUGUGUCGAGGGAGGAUGUUGCGAUCGUGGCGGAUUUGUUGCUGGCGAGGGGAGAUACGGAGGGUUGGGUGGAUUUGUUGGCGGGGGAGGAGGAUGUGGAGGGGGCUGUUGAGAGGGUUGCGCGGGGUGGGGUUGAUGCUGUUGAGGGGGAGGAUGUGGAGGGGAUGGUGAGGAGGUUUGGGUUGUAG